GUUUGCGCUGCAGGUCCGUCAGCCUGUGCCGUCUUUGAGAACCAAGUUUCACCAUAAUAUGCAGUUUCGACGCAAAGCGGAGUCAAGAAUCAAACUGCUGCGACAGAUAAUACCCAGUGAGUACAUGCUAGACGACUAUCUACUAUAUUACUGCAUUUACUUCAGAGACCACGCUCGUCUCAAGACACGGCUCCAAGGAGUAGGUGGCAGCGACGUGCGCAUAGACCUCGAAAAUAUACAAAUAUUGGGGAGACUGAUAUUAAGAAAAAGGAUAUACAUGUACUUAUUUAACGAGGCGCUGAAUGUCGAACAAGCAAGCCCAGCAGAUGACCUUUUUGACUUCCCAAGAACUUUGCGACGCAUGUCCAACGUGCACAACCGCAGGGAGUUUAUAGACCAGUUUUUACGAGCAUUUGAGACCGAUUUCAAGCUGGAUAGAUUAUCUGAAGAUCAACAGGUGGUCAAGCUCGAACAGCACACGAGACCAACCAUUUUGCUCUAUGUGAUUGGGUUCAUUCACUGCCAGUACGGAGAGCAAAUGGGCGCAGAAUUCGUCGACGAAUUCGUUAUCAAGGGUCGUCUCGCAAAGACAUACUCUCAUCGCGGGCUGCUAGAAAUAGCCAAAGACAACAGACCUCAAUUCUGAUGCUGACAUUCAAGACUGACCAAAAGGCUUUGGUUCCCAGAGCUCAUGUUUUUCGAAAAGGAACAGCGACUCAGACUUUUGUUUCUUCAACGCUGGUUGCGACGAAAGAUCCGAUAUAUAGAAUGUGCGCAUGAAUUUUAUUUGAUCGUUCACCUUCAUUGUAAGCUUUGUGUGCUCCAAAAGCUGUUUGUGUUGACUCAGUGUUUCUAGAAGUGUGGCUGUGGACUCUAGCGGAUGUUUUGUUAGCAGCGCAAAAAUCACCCCUACCGAUUGAGUGUUGAGGAACUUGCUGUAGAUGGAGUUCCUGCUGAAUGUAAGGCCGUUUGAGAGAAAGUACUGCAACCACUGUGUGCGCUGCGCGGAAAAGAGCUCAUCUUUAGUGUCAGCAGCCAGAAAAGUUUGGAACAGCCCCAGUACCACGUCGUAACCAAGUUCUUCCAGGAUCGGCUUGUAAAGCAAUCUGAUACCGUUCACUUUUUUCUCAUUGAGCGGUGUUUUCAGCACCAAGCAGUUCUGGUACACCAUAUAGUUUAAUAACACGUCUUCCUUGACGCUUUUCAG